CCAUGCUUGAACGGACACGUUUUAAAACCCGUUCUCGCUUGAGCUUUGUUUGACUAGAGUAGGGACGGGCACUCCAGUUUUAACUGAACUAGCGUCUACAAGCUGUGUAACCAAAACUAAACACACAUUCCUCAGCGAAUUGAUCCAAUACCCAUGGUAAACAGUGGAAGUGUUCAGCAAUGGCGGACUUGGAUUCAGUUGUAGUGUGGUCGAACGAUCUCCUCUCGGCCAAGGAAGCUGUGAGCAAGCUUGGACUACCAUGUAUGGUUAAAGUGGUGAAUGGCUGUACACACGCGGACUUUUCAGAAGGCCAUUUGUUAAAACUAGACUUCGGUAUUGCUAUUAAAAAGGUAGCGGCCUGUUUUGUGUCUAAACGUCCCGACAGUGGGGACAAGACCAACGACAUAUUCAUACCCCUUGGAUACGAGGGGAAGGUGAGGAUAGCUCGCGAGGACGCGGGGAGCAAGAUAUACACAACCCUUAAGGGUCUCAUAGAAGACUUUCCACGUUAUGUACAGGUAGAGGAUGGCUUCUCAUCUACAGAAGAGGGAAGUGGCAAACCUGUGGCGGUAGCGUCCGGAGCAAAGCUCGAGCUUGACAAGGCUAUAGGAACGGCAAAUCUUUACUGCAAAUUCAACGAUAGAACACUCCUCCUUACAACUAAGGAUAAAAUUAAAUUCCGGUUGCUGGCCGACGACACGACAUAUACGUUACAGGAAGUGGUAGACAGACUACACUUCCCACAGACUGUCCGAUUUCUUGACCCACAGUUUCAGACGGUGGCCAAAGCUGACCUUAACGGCGAGAAAUGUGGUGCCAUCAGUGAUACCCUGAAACUGAGCCGAGUCACAAGUCACGAGGUCAUUGUGGGUCUCUUGAGACCUUCAGUGACCCCCACAUGUGGACCCGGAAAUGUUAAAAAGAAAGUUCAACCAACGCUGGCCUUGUUUCCACUCCAAGCCAGUGCUGCCGUUAACGAUAUAAAGGUCAAGGCCGUAGCAGAUAAGAAUGAUAAAAUGUAUAAAUCGACGAUGGCUAAACUUUUUCCUCAGACCGUGGACAGGACAUUAAUCCAAGAAAGUUUCUACAUCGACUUGGCAAGUAAAGUGAAUAUACACAUACAGAAAGACAACCAUUGGAUAACUGUCAAACCAACUCCGGUUAAAAAGGAUCCCGUCCCCACCGCUGUGGUCUCGCCACCGCCUUUACCCCAAGAUAGAGACGAACGGAAAAUGUCGCCUAGGGUGAAAACGCCUCCCUCACCAAAAAGGGAGGAGAUCAAGUUAUCUCCACGUGACUCGAAAUCCCCGACCAAGGAUGACGGACCAAAAUCUCCAAAAGACAAAAACGCAAAGAAGAACAAAAAAGAGAAAAAGGAAAAAGAUAAGGAUAAAAAGAAAAACUCUCCGAGAGCCAGUAGUGGAAGUUCUGGAAGAUCAAGUCCACCCUCAUCGCUGUCCCUACACACGGAAGACGACCUCCCUAUUGCCCCCUCCACACCCUCACCUUCUCCACCCCCAGCCCCGGAAUUACCUAUGAGGAAAGUCGCCCGUAAACCAACUCCCUCAACAAUUGAGCCAAGGCCCCUGGUGUCAAGUUGUGAUGAUUAUGUUGAACCACUACGCAAACAGGAACCUUCUAAUACGUCAGAGGCCAAAGAACAGGAACAUGUGUACCAAGGUUUACAACCUGGCGCGGAGGAACACUACGAUAAAUUGCAGGAUGAAGGGAUAUACGAUGAGUUGGGUCCGUUUCCAGGAGACAAAGAAGCGAAAAACAAAGACAAGGACAAAGAUAAGGACAAAGACAAGAAAAAGAAAGGUUUUAAGUUUUUCACUGGAGGAAGGAAGAAAAAACAAGAGGGAUCAAGAACAAGUCUAACCGACAUAGUCACGCAACCCGCGGAACCACCGACAAUGCCAAUAGAUAAAAUCCCGGACAUGUCUUCCAUAGGGAAAAAACCAAAGCCGGUCGGCACUGUUAGGCCAAAUUCAAAAUCCCUUCCGGAAAAACCAGAGAAACCGAACGAGUUCAAGGCGUUUACUGUGGUGAAUUUGGUCGAGUGUCUUCGUCAGUGUGGAUUACCAGAUCUCGCGAAAUUGUGCGAGAAAGAAAAACUUGAUGGAGAUUUCCUGGCUUCCUUAUCCGCGACUGACCUGACAAAGGAGCCGUUCUCCCUUAACCCUCUCCACCUGAAAAAGUUAGAGAGAAUCAAAGAAGGAUGGAGACCGACCGAAUGAUUUAACUGGGGUUUUACUGGAUUUAUAGUCUCUCUUUUUGUAUCUGACUUACAUUGAAACUGACAAUUGGUUUACACUGAUUUAAAGCAAUAUAUGUGCAGUGGUUAGUACCUAGUGGAUUAGAUAAGACUGCAAAACAAAAAUACCGCGCUGGUUCGUGACGAACUCAAAAGUACUGUGCUUGAGGUACUGAUCCUGAGUUAUGUACCGCUCAUUCGGCUGAUAUAGUCGUACAACACUUCACAAUGUAAAGAAACAAUAUUUGGAUUUUUUUCGUCUUAUUUUUUCUCUCUAAAAUUCAAUAGUUAAUAUCAAAUACGUGUAGAGAAAUACUGAAGACAGUUUGGUUUGUAAAGAUUUUAGAAGUUUCGCCAAAUGAUUUAGAAUUAAGAACCAUAUUA